CGGCCUCCGUUUAAGCCCGUACGUGGCAGUCAGACAACCGUGUACACAGCAGCCGAGGCUGGUGCGGCUCCUCUCCUGUGACAGUUUCACCCAGACAGACCCGACGCCCCGCUCCCACCAACCGACGCUCCGAAAACAACAAGCAGACUCUGUUGGUGACGCUGUGAAAGCAUUUGUUCGGUACCAUGUUCACCGUGUCGGAGCUGGUGGUCCUGCUGGCCGUGCUGUCCGCCACCGCGUCCGGCUACUUCGUUAGCAUAGACGCCCAUGCCGACGAGUGCUUCUACGAGCGGGUCAACUCGGGCACAAAGAUGGGCCUCAUGUUCGAGGUGGCCGAGGGAGGCUUCCUGGACAUCGAUGUCGAGAUAACGGGGCCCGACGGUAAGCAGAUCUACAAGGGCGACCGGGAGUCCAGCGGGAAGUACUCGGUGGCGGCACACAUGGACGGAACCUACAAGUUCUGCUUCAGCAACAAGAUGUCAACCAUGACGCCCAAGAUCGUCAUGUUCACCAUCGACAUAGGGGAGGCCCCCAAGGGCCAGGACAUGGAGACGGAAGGUGGUGACAGCUGGGAUGCUCACCAAAACAAGCUGGAGGAGAUGAUCAACGAGCUGGCGGUUGCCAUGACGGCUGUGAAGCACGAGCAGGAGUACAUGGAGGUUCGCGAGAGGAUACACAGAGCGAUCAACGACAACACAAACAGCCGAGUGGUGCUGUGGUCGUUCUUUGAAGCUCUGGUUCUGGUGGCGAUGACGCUCGGACAGAUUUACUACCUGAAGAGAUUUUUUGAAGUACGGCGAGUGGUUUAGUGCGAUGAAAUGACCCCCCUGUGUCCUCCACUGAUUGCUCCCCACACCAAGACAGUCAUUUACACUCUGGAAAACAAAACCGGCCGAUUCGAGUAAAGCCUCCAUGUGAUUGGAUCUCAGAUGUUUUGUUCACCUGUUACCUGUUUGCUUCCUUAUUUAGAAAUGUGAUUUGUGUUUGGAACGAAUGCUCAAAGGAUUCUGAGAUAAAUAUCAGUUUAUUAGUUUUUGUUUUGUUUGACGGAUAUUUUUUUUUGCCCAAUAUUUUUCCAUAAUAGGUGCAAAUUGUGUGAAUGACUUUUAUGUAAAAGCCCUCAGAUAGAAAAGGAAAACCCACAUGAAGCAGUCUGCAUGUGUGGAGUUUGCACAUUUCAAUGGAACCCAUUCAAACGAUAAAAGACAAAUGAAAACAGAAUGCAUGCAAUCAGAAUUUGUUUUAGUUUUUUUAUCUCCAUUGUCCAAGCCGAGUCAGAGAACGUGCUGGUGGAUAUGUGAUAUCUGCACAACUUGCCCCCCUGCUGGCUUUAUCUGAAGGAUUUACACCGUAGCUGAUCUUCUAAGGGAAACCGUACAGCUUCUAGCUCCACGGGCUGAUUCACAGCGAUCCACGCUGCAGUGGCGGGAGGAGACAGAUUUUCUGUACGUAGUUCACAAACAUUUGCGUGGUUUCUUGGCCCAAGAAUCCACGAGUUGAUUUAACUUUUACACUUUAAUUUGACAACUUCCACUUGGCAGAGUUUGAUUUUAAAACUCCAAAUCAAAGUGUAGAGGAAUACUUAAAUACAUGUUACAUGUUUAUCGACGCUGGGUGGGAAUGUGGUUGGGGGGGGGUUCUGAUGCGUAAUGACUGCUGUGUGCUUUAGUUGCUUCUACUAUAGUUUGUUGGGGUUAGGGAUUUUAAAUUAUGAUUGUAUACCCUUUUGCUCCUUUCUUUUUCCUUUCCUGGAGCAUAUCCUGUCACAUGCAACUGUUGGAGGCCUUUCAAAUAGCUUCGACCAGUCUUUUCCCCAGUCGAGAUGUGCAAAAGGAAAUAACUUUCCCCAGCCGUAGCUGCACAUGGAGCGUACAGCUGGAACAUCGCAGGUGUUGCAUGUUGCUGAAUGUGUUCCAGUUUUGUAUUUAAAAACAAACAA